CGGGGUGGGCGGGGCAUUAUGGCGGGCCGCUAAGCAAACGGGGGUCCAUGCGCCACCUACUACCCGAUACGUAGCUCAAAAUUUUACCGAGAUAUCAAACUCCAGUUUCGGUAUAUUGCACCUCGGUGACCAAGUCGCAAAGCCACAGGUAACGCAGUUCGCACUCAUUUCAAAUGCCGAGAGCCAAGUCCAAGAAGGAGGAGCCUGUCGAGGCCGGGUCGGACGUCGCCAUGGAGGAGGCGCCACCGUCUCAUCAGCCGGAGAGCAGGGAUGAUAUGUCGGUCGACCAGGAUGAGAAUGGCGACGCGGAAGAUGUUGAGGACGAGGAGAUGGACGAAGACGAAGAGGAAGAGGAGGUUCAACGAGUGAGGCUGCUCCCUGGCUCAACACCGACUGCUGCCUCAUUUGAGUUUCUCAAUGAGGGCCACACUCUGGGGAACGCUUUGAGAUAUGUUAUCAUGAAGAACCCUGAUGUCGAGUUCUGCGCAUAUGCCAUUCCACAUCCGUCAGAGGCAAAAAUGAAUGUCAGAAUCCAGACAUUUGAGGGGACGACCGCGAUCCAGGCGCUAGAGAAGGGGCUGCGGGACCUGCAGGAACUCUGUGACGUCGUGUCGGAUAAGUUCAUUGACGCUAGGGAAAGGUUCGCGGCGAGUGGUUCUUCGUAGAUUUCUUUCAUCUCGGGUCAAGCAGGGGCGGCGUUUGGGCGUGGCUUGGGUUAGAUUAUGCAUCAACGGGACCAAGGGCGGAUGGUGUACACGCGACAUAUUUGGGUGGAAUUCCAUAGUGGUCUCUAUACACUCAGAGCAAGAGGGUACAACACCCAUCCUAGUUGCGACCCUGAAUAAUUGCCGUGAGCGCGAGACUCCCGAGGUUGGGCAAACCUCGAAACUCACCUGCAAGAACCCCUCGAUGAAAUUUGACGGCAAUCUCUUCUCCCCCCUAAAGUUUUCUUCUUUGAAGAAGGACAUGAUGUGGUUCGUUUGGCGCCAGAAGUUCAUAGUCUCCUGUAGCAAUCGGGCGU